UGUAAUGCAGGGGGCAGGAGAGAGGGUGUUGAGUGGAGGACCAGGGGAGAGGGAGACCUCUGAGUUGGACCUAUCCCAGUCCAAGCCUCACUCCCCAGGCUCUGGACUGAUCCUGCUCUCUUCCCAGCCUGGAGGUCCAGACAUGAGCCUGCUCAGGCUGUUCCAACCCCAGGGAGAGGUGGUGGAGGGUCAAGAGGAGCCCCAGCAUGCGUCCCCCUACGCCAGCCCUUCAGGGGGGUCACUUGAAAGCGGAGAGACGGGGGGCAGCGGGGAGAGUGGCAUCGCCAGCGGAAAUUGCACCCCCAAACGUCCGGAGAGGGAGGAGAGGGCUCAGGUAGGGGGGGAGUGGGUGAGCGAGAGGGAUGGAGAGAUGGCGGGUGGAGAGAAGGAGUGGCUUGCAGGCGGGAACAUCAAGGUGGUCCAGGAGUGGCAGAGGGAGAGCGAACGGAGAGGAGGAAACGGCGUCAUCAGCAGUAACAGUGGUAACAACGACGGGGGGUCAGGGAAGAAGAAGAAGGAGGAAGCCUGUGAGUACUGUGGGAAACAGUUCCGGAACAGCAGCAACCUGACGGUGCACCGGCGCAGCCACACGGGAGAACGGCCCUACCAGUGUGGCCUGUGCAGCUACGCAUGCGCCCAGAGCUCCAAGCUCACACGCCACAUGAAGACCCACGGCGCCCACGGGGCCCGUGCCCCGUUCCUGUGCCAGCUGUGCGGGGUGCCCUUCACUGUGUACGCUACCCUGGAGAAACACCUGAAGAAGGUGCAUGGGCUGAGCCAUUCCAGCGUCGGGGCCUACACCCAGGCCAGUGCAGCUGAUGCCAACUGGGCCCUUGACCAACCCGUCCUCCAUUUUGACAUCAAGAUGGAGGAUGAAGCCAGCACGGACCAGACAGAAAGCAACAUGGCUGCCAUCGACGUGGGAGUGGAGGCUGAGGAGAACCAGAAAGGGGAGGUGGAUGGUACUGUUAGCCCAGCCAUAGUGGAGGAUAGUGUGGGUGAGCUUCCUACUGAAGGCAGUGUGGAUGUGGGCUUGGUGUAAACUACGGGUCCAGCAUAUCCAUCAUUUCACACUUUUGUACACUGACUAAGACAUUCAAAAGCACUGGCUUGGACUCUCAAUCAUACCAACCACUUUGGCCAACAUAAAUAUCCAUAUAAAUGUAAUGAACCUUUCCUACCACUCAACUGGGGAUUAAUUCAAACUGGAAUCUAGGUACCAUCCUGCUCUCCUCUGAAUUCCCUAUCUGUGCAAUGCUGAGGUACAUCACGUCUCGCCAGAGCUGACAAUUAGCAUAUGCAAAUCCACCUACUUAGACCACAGCACAAAACCCAGACAUGCAAUGGAAAGGUGGAGGGCAAACAGGACUUGAGAACAGGAAGUCAACCACCACAGUCCACCAGAACACAGGACGUUGAUCACCAUGCUCCAGCAGAAUAUAGGAAGUGGACACCAGUGGUCAAUUGAUUGGUAAUCAUCACUAUGUUGAGUGAGUGAACCAAUCAGAACUGUCAAAUGUAGAAAGUAAAAAAAGGUUUAAUUAUUUUUAUUUUUUUUAUAUCUAGUGGCAAGAGAUUGCGACAAUAGUGAGGCUUUCAUAUCCUGUUCCGUUGCUUUGGUGACAACUGGGAUGGUGGUCGUCUCACUCUGUGGACGAAUUAAAGACUAGUAGUUUGGACGGAGACUGGGUCAAAGGGGAAACGAACCCAAACAUAGAUUGCCUGUAGUUUGUCUGUCAUUCCUUUUAAAUGUGCUUCUUUGACACGACACUUGCCACUUAAUGUAAAGUUUAUGAGGCUCACGAGGCCCAGCAAGAUUGUGUUGUUCCUCUCUGUGUCGAUGUUAUUUUUAUAUAUAUGUGUAUAAGUCUCAUCUGCUGAUUUCCUUAGCUCCUAUGCAUAAAAAAAACUGCAAUUUAACUUCAUAUGAAAUGUGUGAAUGUAUUUCCUUUUGUGCUUGAUAAUUGGGGGGGG